AAAGAAGAGGAAGAAGAGGAGGUUAAGGGGGAAGAGAAGAACAGUGAGGGUGUUUUGCUGCGUGGGAUCUUCAAAGUGGGGAAGAAGAGUCAUGAUGUGUUACUCACCCAAACGAGGCUGACGUGGAUCCCCAUCAUCCCGGAGAACCCCACAGGUGAGACGAGCGUCCCGCAGCCAGGUGUACUGCUGCUGCAGGAUGUGUAUGCAGUGAAGGUGAAGCGGCGGCGGGCGGCGGGACAGCAGUCGGGGGGGGCCGUGCUCGGUGUGGCUCUGUUCUGCUGCAAGAGGAGAGGGAGGAGGCUGGAGAAAGAUACGCUGCACCUCCACAACGCCUCCACAGAACACACACACAUAUGGUACAACACCCUGAAGGAGCUGAUCAAAGGUCACCUGCAGCAGGUGGACAUGUGCAGCUUCUCGUCUCUCGGUCAGUUGGUGCAUUUCGGUUUCUCCGCCAUGUUUGGCUUUGGUGGACAGUGCUUAGCGCGGGCGGAGAAGAAGAGGUGGAUGUCCUCAACGCGGAGACGAGAGUAUGCUCUGGUCAAGACGCUGGCUAGGCUGAGACCAGAGGACUGUCAGCUGUCUUUUCUACCAGCAAAGAAGUCAAACAGAGACAAGGACUCCGGGUCAGUUGAUGCAGAAGUGGAGGAGUCCUGGACGACCAAUCAGGGCUUGUAUCUGAGCAUCAGCAUCAUGUCCGUCCCCUGCCUAAGCCCACACACACCUCGAGGUCUCGCUCCCAACACCAGUUUGGCAAAUGGCAGCGCAGCAUUGAUCGCAGUCGGAAACACUUCCAGGUCAGAGUUCAUCAAACACCUGAAGAGAUACGGCAGCUCCAGUGGACAGUUCAGCUUCUCCUUUGUGGAGACGCACGACGUGUCCGCAGUGAGGAUCCGCUCUCGCUCGCUGGUUGGCUGGUCGGAGGAGGAGAGUGAGGAAGAGGGCGAAUCCAAAACCUCGCCAAUCAUCCAAUCAGAGGCCUCCGCUUUUACCCUGAACAUCGACGGAGAGCUGGUGGAGAUUGCUAACGAAGUGCUUAUCAGGGUCCACCCGCGGCUCAUCACUCUGUACGGGGAGGAGGUGGACGAGGCCGAGUCGACCGUCUCCUGCAGCUGCAUCUGAGUCCAUCAGAGAGACAAAAACACAUCGCCAUGGUAACAACAGUGACUCGACAGUGCCUUCUCUGGGUCAUUACUGUUUCCAUCGCGAUGUGAACUAAUGUAGAAGCUUUAAUCAAAGUACAAACAGAGCUUUGCAGCUUCCUGUUUACUUCAUGCAUUGUUUUGUUUUUAUAACUUCAGCUUUAAUAACAUAACGUAACUUUUGUAAGCUCUCUUUAACUCCAAACUACCCGUGCUUUGUAAAGUUUCUCACGCCUAGACCAGACUGAAGAGGAUAAAGAUUUUUUUUAUUUUAUUCAAAUUAAUGUUAAUAUUUUACAAAAUGUUAAUACCAAGCUCUUCUCAAAUGGCUUUAGUUUGCUAAUGCCUAUUUUUUUUACAAUUUUCAAUUUGUUUUAACCUGUCCAGUUUCUGGAAGUUAAAAGUAUUGAAUCCAACACAAAAAUAUAAAGUUUAUGUUAAAUGUUUUUGUACAGAUGAGCAGAACCAGACUCGACGAGCCCAAAGUGUCCAAAGACUGUAAUAUUUGAAUAUAACAUUUUUUAUUAUAUUAUUCUGAUAAAGCAGUCUUUUAACAGAUGUAAUCAUGAUGAUGAAAACGAUACAAGUUGUUGUUUAAAUAGAAAAUCCUUAAUUUUAAUAAAAAGGUGUUGCUAAAAGCAGUGAGACUCCAGUGCAGAACAACUUCACAAAAAA